AUGUCGAGUGUCAACGAUUACUUCAGGCGACGAGCCUCAACGGCAAGCCGUGGCUCCAGUUGCGUUGACCGCAUUAGCAAGGACCGGAAUUAUAGACACAGCUCUCGCCAUGGCCUGGCCAGAUCAGAUGACAGAAUAACAAAUCUCUGCGAUCGUCUACAAUCUGUCAGACGUUCAUCUCUCGGUCGGCCUGUUGAAUCUUCGCAUCCUGCAGUUUCUCCGGGUGUGAACGCAUCCCAGGAUCCCCAGUCUCCGGAAUCACCGGAGAGCGAGGUUAUUCUGAAUCUCCAAGUCAUGGAAAACGAGAUGGGUUUGCGACCGGCAGGAUUUCCCAGAAGAUUGUCUCAAUCCAGCUCUGAUCGCGCCACCGCUCAAGAAACCCUGAACAAUGAGCUGGAGGACCCGUUGGAGGAAACGAACAAUUCUCCGCUCACAGUGGACGACAAGGGUCAAUUGCGUUACUUUGGCUAUUCUUCGCACAUGAGAAUGGUCUCUGUUCUCCAACAAUCAAGUCCCCCAUCAGCAAAACGUGCCUCAUACUCGCCAAGCGACAAAUCUGUCAACCCUAUGGAGGCAGAGAGGAUAGCCGAUAGUCCUGAAACCCAGAUGCGCUUGAUUGACUUGUUCUUUAAGUAUCAGAAUGCUGCAAUACCUAUUCUCGAUGAGGAAGUCUUCCGGUUAGGGUAUAUUGCAGGGGAACGAUCGGAUUAUUUCUCGCGAUUUCUUCUAUAUUCGCUGUUUCUCAGGGCAUUGAAUUUCGAUGACGAUCCACUCCACAGGGAGACACUUGCGACCAUCUAUACCCGCCGUGCAAAGGCUGAGCUAUUAUUCGAGAUGGAAAAUCCCACCAUCGCGACCAUACCCGGCUUGUGUUUGUUUGGCUACUAUCUGGCCGGGUUGGGAAGCGACAGAGCGUGCUGGUUAUACCCAGGAAUUGCGUAUCGCUUAGUCUUCGAUUUUGGCUUACAUGAAGACUGCAGGAACUUGGUAGCCGCUGGAUUACUCACUGAGGUGGAUCGAAGAGGUCGACCGACCGCGAUCCGGCUGGACGACCUCAACGUGUCCCGACUCUCUGCGCAGACUUUGGGUAGAAGUGGCCAACUUGUGGCGGCAUGGGUUGAGCUAGCUUCUCUGCUGGACGAUGUUCUCUCUGUGAUCAAUGGUGCUCCGGGGAGAGUCUACCAAGAAUCCUCAGUAAAGAAACUCUCCGAGGCGAGUCAAAAGCUGCUCUCUUGGUUCUUGAACCUCGCUCCUGAACUGCAAUGGGAUGCAAAUCAUCCGAUUUCGCCCGGCAUCUGCGCCCUUCAUAUCCAAUUUCUCUCCAUAACUAUCCUCCUCAAUCGACCAUUCGCAACUUAUCUUUUCAACCGUGGAUCGAAAUCACCACCCCGCCGCCGAUGCCUAGAGGGGCAGACAACAAAGGUUUCACAACAAAUCUGUACGGCGAAUGCGAUCCGAAUAUCCAAGUUACUCUUGGCCUACCGACAACUCCAUGAACCAAGCGAGGACAAGGAAGAAGAAAAGAAGUGGCUGGCCGCCAUCAUGGAGACAUUGGAUGAAAUCAUACCAUGGUAUCCAGUUGCAGGACGAAGUCGUAACACGCUGGCCGCGAUCAUGAACACUUGUGGAUUAUCAGACAUCCUCAAGCAGCUUGCGUCGAAGUCAGGAGAUGACCAAGCAGAAAUGCUCCCCAAUCGUGAUCACACAGAAAUUUCAGGGCCUAGCUGGACCACUGACAUGGAUCUGUCGUUUAACCUCGGAUUCCCAUUUGAUUCCGCGUAUGACGUUCACAAUAUCAGUCUCACGGGCUUUUAUGCACAACCUUCGCAGAUGAUUGAUUUUGGCAGUUGGGGGGAAGAAGAUCCACUAUAUGGGCUUAACUUAUGA